AUGGUCGCUUUGGGGAGCACGACUACAGCCGUGUCCCACAGUACUACGAAGAAGCAUACUGUCAUCUUCCGCUCAUUCCACGGCGGCCUACUAGCCUCUCGAACUGAUCAUCCUUACCGGGACUACAUAUACAUGUGGGAUAACAUAACCAGUAACGAUAUCGAGUGGGCUGCCAGCUCUGUUCAAGGAAUAGGCCUGUUACGAAGACCAUGGCGUGGCCGACUAUCCCGUGCUUUCAAUUACAUCGAUGGCCGAUGUGGAAAUAUGUUGGCGGACCAAAAAAAAUCAUCUGACUACCACGACUUGCUACGUAUCCUACGUUCUCGCUUACAGGCAGUACUUGACCGUCUGGGGCAUGUCACGACGGAUACUUUUACGAUCCAGGUUUUAGUUGCUACUGCGCAGAGAUUCUGGCUUGAGAUCGUUGCUGCUCUGGACUACAUGGACUGGGUCAAGCCGGUCAUGGAUGGCAUCAAGUCUCUGCAUCCUGCACACAGGGCUGAACAUCGCAUUGGGACGUUCACCUGGGACGUCGGUGUCACCCAACUCUUUUUCAAAGCCCAGAUCCCUGUAUUCUUCAUUCGUCCUUGGGAGUCGUUCGCUAAUCAAGUUAUCCUACGCGUCAUUGAGCCGUCUCCUCCAGGGACCUGCAUCACACAUCCUGCACAUCCCUUUCCCAUCGUGUUCGAUGGGCCACCCUCAGAUCCCAAAAAAUAUGUGGCUCAACACCGAUGUCUAUGCCUUUUCCAAGGGUACCGUGACCCGUUCAACUUUCAUACGGUUCCUUCUUCUGCAGUUGCACCAUCAUCUACAUCCACAAUGCUGCCACAAAAUUCCUCUAGGACAGGACCCAUAUGCCUGGACCGUGAUGUUUCUCAUCGUCUGGACUACUCGUCCCAGGUUGGUCGCCCAAAACAUAAAAAAAAUGCCAACAAUAUCAGUCGAGACAAGUUUAGUGAUCUCCAUGGUGAUUAUGCACCUCUCGCUAUUUCUGCCUGGUCGGAAGCCCUGUCCUCAAUCAACGAAGAAUCUGAACGUGCCCAAACUCUUUCCCCUGAUCUGGUGGCCACAGCUUACAUGUUUCCUGAUCCAAGAAUCAUUACCAACGUCAACGCAGUGCGGCAAAAAGCGUAUCUCCGACAACUUGACCAUUCUUUUGAUGCCUUGAAGUAUCGUGCAACCGCUAUGGGUUCCGAGGCAUCACCACUCCGCCCUCAGCAGUGGCGAGACCUACUAGCCCUUGCCCUCAAAUGCGCUGAUGGGCCUAGUUCAAGCAAGCUGAAGAGCUCCUCAUCUAUCAAGAGUUUCAAAGCAGCUGAAGAUAUGCUAGGGUCAUGCAUGCGUGAUCAAGGCGUCGUAGUCCAACUCGUGCCACCGCCGUCUUCUGAUGAUCACCCCUUCGAUGUUCAUCGUGGUCGUCAACUCAUCUGGGAGCUCUGUGAGCUCAACUUCCGUUACGAACUUCUUGCGUUGGACAAUCGUGCGGCGCGGGACUGGGAAAUGCCAUUGGCAGUCAGCGCCACUAUGAGUGCCAUCAACGACUUCGCAUCUGAUCGUCAGAAUAUGAUUUUGGCUGUGUUUCCUGGCGGUUCAUUGAUACCAUCAGCAGGAGAAGGUGUGGGUGAUGGAUUUGGCGGUGAGUGGGUGACACGACGGGAACGUCUCCGGAAUCUGCAAGAGCUGAUGCGGGGCUGGGUGGUUCCUCUACCUGGAGCAUGUCAUGGCUUGUUAGGUAUGACGGAAUCAGAAGGUUCCUUAAAGGUAGAGAAGGCUUUGGCGGCGCAUUAUGCGCAGACAUUCUUCGACUUUUUCGGCCGUCCUCCAAUCCUCCCUUGCCGUAAGCCAGUGUAUGAUCAUUGA